AUGGACCCCGUGACCCACACGGCAGCCAGCGGCCGCCUACGAGUGUCGCUCCUCAAAAGCCCCACCCAUUUCGGCCACUACACAUCGCGAGUCAACCGACCCUACAAUGAAGACAAAUACAGUGCCGGAGUCCUUGAACUCAACGGAGUGCCUGUAUUCAACUUCAACAUAUUCGAUGGCCAUGGCGGUGAUGAGUGCUCGACGUUUCUUCAGGAUCACCUUGCACAAGAGAUUGAAGAUGUCAAUACACUUGUGGAGAACCAAAGUGAGCGAGAUCAACUCAUUCAAAAGUACUGGAAAAACAUCGGCGGGUACUGGAAACGGUGGUACCGGCACCGGGCGGACAACUUUGUGCGGAUGUCCAACGGCCGGGGCGAGGUGGCUCUCCAAAAGAUAGAUGCUGGUGAUGACUUGGGGGCCCGACUCCCGUUGGGGUUUUUGAGCUGCGACUACAAGUUCUUUGAGACGGACCUGAAGCUGGGUCUGACGUGUACGUCGGUGUACCUCCGUACUCUCUGGGCGGACGAGCGCCCGUUCAAACCAGUGUUUGAAGAUUACUACUUCAAUCGCAGAACCAUUUCCAAGUUGACAAUUGCUCAUGUGGGCGAUACCAAGGCCAUUUUGGUCGAUAAGCACGGGGAGGCCCACGCGUUGACGCAGGAGCACCAUCCAUCCAACCCCAAUGAGGCGCUGCGGCUCCGCAAGUAUGCUGCCAAUUUUUUCAUGACCGACUCGUUUGGCGAAGAGCGGUUCAUUGCGCUUGCCAACACGCGGGCGUUUGGCGAUAUCGAUUUUAAGCAGAUGGGCGUGACAGCCGAGCCGGACGUGAUCAAUGUGGUGAUCGGUGACUAUGACACGGUGCAUUCUCGGCUCACCAAGCAAGAAAUCGAAGAAUAUACGGUGGGCGGAAUUGGGGGAGAUGAGAGUUUUCUCGUGUUGUGCAGUGACGGGGUAAGCAACGAGAUCACCGACCAGGAGACGGCCGACAUUAUCAUGAAUACAUUCAACAUGCGAGGGCAUAGUACUGCCACGCCGCAGGGUUGUGCAGAGGAGGUGGUGAAGUUUAUUGAGUAUAUUGGAGGAGACGAUAAUGCAACUUGCUUAGUGGUGCGGUUGAACGGGUGGGGGAAGUGGGCGGUGAAGGACCGGACGGGGGAGCUUCGGCAGCAGCGGAUGGAGGACUCGUUCCGCCGUGGCGAUGAUCGGUAGGUGUGGGUACGGGUCAAACUUACAGCCAAGUGGUAGACGAUGAGAGUGUGGGUGUACGAGUCAUACUUACAGCCAAGUGGUAGACUGUGUUAGUAGCGUGUUAUGGUACAACCGAAUAUACUAGAGC